CAGGGUUGGAAAAGCCCUCCCAGAACUGUGACUAUCCCUCCCUAGAGCACCAAGAGCCACGUCCAGCUGUAACCAUCCCACUGCUCCAAAUGGCAGAGCUGCAGUUCUGUUGAUCUCAAAUCACGUUUUGGCCAGUCUUGAGCAUGGUGCAGAAGAAUAAUCAACAGUUUGUGUUGACCUGGGAGGGAUGAGGCAGCAAAGGCACCGGGACAGGAUCCCAGCCCUGAACUGUCCUGGUUUGGCCUGACACUGAGCACUUCACCAGCCCAGACCAGACUCUGUCCUGCUCCACAAGUGCAGUAGCUGGAGAGAAAAAAACUGAGAGAAAAAAUAAUGCGGAAACAGCUCCAUAAAAAAGCAGCAAGAGGGCAGGGAGGAUUCCUGAGGGGAGGAUUCCCAGGCCACAGCUUGCUCUGUGUUGUGCUCGUUAUCUCGCUGUGUCCCAGGGUCCCUUCCCCGGGGUGGAACACCGACAGCCCCCAGGAGCUCAGCCUGGGGAGCAGCUCCCCCUGGCACUGGGGAAGGGGAGAGCUCUGCUCAAAUAGCUCUGACCUAAACUGGAGCUUGCAGGAAAAACUAACACACGAGAACAACAGCCAGGAGAAAAGAGCUUUGCUGUGGGGAUGCCUGGCUUGCAGCAUCCUCACACGGGAUUAUGAAAUUGGUGAUUGAGAAUUCUGAGAAGAUUCUGAGUCUGCUCCCGUUCUGAAAACUUCCAGAGUUCUUCCCUGGAUGUCCGUGUUUCUUGGCUGCUGCUGUUCUCCAAAACGGCUCCGGAACAAAAAGCCUGAGGAGCCUCUGCCACAGCCAUCAUCCUUGGAUCACAACACUCCUGGAAAAUCUACAAACACAGAAUAAGCAGGAAGCGCGCGGGCAUAGCAUGAGCGGCCGCGGCGCUGCGGGCCAUGCCCUUCUCCAACAGCUCUGAGCUCAGCCCGUCCUUCAUCCUGGCCAGCCUCCCGGGGCUGGAGGCGGCGCAGUCCUGGAUGGCCAUCCCGCUGUGCUCGGCCUACGUGCUGGCGGUGCUGGCCAACGGCGCCGUGCUGCUGGUGGUGCGCGCCGAGCCCAGCCUGCACGCGCCCAUGUACUUCUUCCUCUGCAUGCUGGCCGCCAUCGACCUGGCGCUGGCCACCGCCACCGUGCCGCGCACCCUCUGCUUCUACUGGUUCGGCAGCCGCGAGAUCAGCUUCGCCGCCUGCCUGCUGCAGAUGUUCCUCAUCCACACGCUCUCGGCCGUCGAGUCCACCGUGCUGCUGGCCAUGGCCGUGGACCGCUACGUGGCCAUCUGCCACCCGCUGCGGCACGCCGCCGUGCUCACCAACGGCGCCACGGCCAAGAUCGGCCUGCUGGCCGUGGCCAGAGGCGUGCUCUUCUUCCUGCCGCUGCCCCUGCUCCUCCUGCCGCUCCCCUUCUGCGGCCCCCGCGUGCUGUCCCACUCCUUCUGCCUGCACCAGGACGUGAUGAACCUGGCCUGCGCCAACACCACGCCCAGCGUGGUGUACGGGCUCACCGCCAUCCUGCUGGUCAUGGGGCUGGACGCCGUGCUCAUCUGCCUCUCCUACCUCCUCAUCCUGAAGGCCGUCCUGCGCCUGGCGGCCUGGAGGGAGCGGCUCAAGGUGUUCAGCACCUGCAUCGCCCACAUCUGCGUGGUGCUGGCCUUCUACGUGCCCCUGAUCGGGCUCUCCGUGGUGCACCGCUUCGGCAAGGACCUGGCCCCGCUGGUCCACAUCAUCAUGGGCAACAUCUACAUCCUGGUGCCCGCCGUGCUCAACCCCAUCAUCUACGGGGUGAGGACCAAGCAGAUCCAGAGGAGGAUCCUGAGCCUGAUCCACGUCACUGCCAGAGCUCCGUGGUGACCCGGCCGCCGCCCCGUGUCCUCACCCUGGCUCACCUCGUUUUACACCCAGAGCCGUUGGUGCUCUCCGUGUCCUCCCCGUGUGCUCUGAGGUGCUGCCACCAGGAAAAGCUGAUUGUAAACUCCUUCCCAGAGCGUCUGCCCUCACCAAACUCAGAGAAAUGACUGCAGUGGUCUAAAUCCAAUCCCGACCUGGCAAGGCUCCACAAGAAGGGAAAAGUGACUCAGCAAACUCACACAGAUGUCCCAGCACUGCUCCUCUUGGCUCCCUUCUCACCUCUAACCGUGGCAGGGCAGAGAAAAUGCCGGAUGGUUUGGGAUGAUUUAGUUAAUUAAUUGUUUUCACGUGGGGCACAGUCACACUCCAGAAGUUUUGCCAGAAAAUUUGCAUGUAGCAUCAUUAUUUUAGUAAAAUAAUUACAGGACACCUGUCCAAAAUGACGUUAGAGAUGCAGAAAGGUAUUUCAGAGAAAGAACAUCCACCUCUGUGGUCUUGUUCUGACCUGCUGUGUGCUCUGUCAAGACCCCUCAACCUCCUCAUAGCAGAUGCUGUGGAAAAAUUUCAGACUCAGAGUUACUGGUAGCAACCGUAAAAAUAAUUUAAAUUAGUAACUGCACUCAAUGAAAUGAAAACAUCUCAAGGGAAAAAAAUAAGCAAGUUAUAAAUGUCAGUGAUGAUUCCAAGCUGAAGGAAGUCUCGAUUCCAAGCCAAAGGUGUUCCACACUGGGAAUUCCUGAAAUGUCCUGCCACUAGCACCACUGAGCAGAGUCUGGCACCAUCCUCUGGCACGCCUUGGAGAGAAGUGUGUGGAUUGAUGGGAACCCCUCUCAGUGCUCUCAUCCUCAUGAACUGUGGCUUCACACUCGAGGUGAAUCAGGGAUGUUCCCAGACACGGAGAUCCCUCAGGGAGGGGCUGCAGGAGCGCUGGGGCUGGGCUCCUGUUUGGUCACCGUGGGUUUGGCUGCCCCAGGGGUGGCACAAGGCCCUGCCCAGACCUUUCUGGGGGAGCUGCAGCAGCACUGCUCCGACCUGCACUCCAUCACGAGGCCCAGGUGCUCCCAAACCCCCGUGUCUCCAUCAGCAUCCCAGAAUCCCAAAUCCCCGGGGCUGGCACAGCCCUGCCAGCCCAGGCAGUGCCAGCUGUGCCCCAUGGGCACCUUGUCCCCAGCCCAGAGCACUCAGUGCCACCUGCAGGGGACACCUGCAGGGAUGGGCACUGCCAAGCUCCCUGGGCAGCCCCUGCCAAGGCCUGAGCACCCUUUCCAUGGGCAAAUUCCUGCUGCUGGCCCAGCUGAGCCUGCCCUGGCCCAGCCUGAGGCCGUUCCCUCUGCUCCUGUCCCUGUUCCCUGGAGCAGAGCCCGACCCCCCCGGCUGUCCCCUCCUGCCAGGGACUUGUGCAGAGCCACAAGGGCCCCUGAGCCUCCUUUGCUCCAGCCUCAGCCCCUUCCCAGCUCCUCAGCAAUUCUCCAGCCCCUUCCCAGCUCCUCAGCAAUUCUCCAGCCCCUUCCCAGCUCCUCAGCCUCUCCUCAUGGACUGGCUGUCUAGGGCAGAGGUCCCAGAGCUCAGGGGCCCUUGGCCACGACUUUGGAUGGGAGAUCUCACCAAAGGCUCUGCCAGGGCCCCCAGUGCUGCAGUGUUUGGUGGGGUUUGGUGCAGUUUCUUCCCAGUUCUGAUGAAUUCUGAUAGUAACAAAAGCCUCAUUUUUGUAGUCUGUGCUGGUACAGCUUCAGUCGUGCUAUAACCUUUUCUGCUAAAUCCAACCCCAAUUUAUUUCAAAAUAAAUACUUUCAUUUAGGUGGGCUACAAACAGUUCUCAUCUGGGACUUCAAGGCAAUUCUGUCCUGUCAUUUUUGGCAUAUUCUGGUUUAAUAGAGCUUAGAAGGGUAAAAAAAAUCAUAAAAAUGAAAACAAUCUGUACCUGCCUAAUGUGAUUUGGGAAAUGUGAAUGAAUUUUUCAGAGGCAUUAUGGGUCUAAACCCUUUUCAGGUGGCCAUGGCACUGAGAAAUGGCUCCUGCUCAUUCCCCAUAUGUUCCUUUCUUUCCCUCUUGUGCUGAGAAAAAAAUUAAUAAAGAAAAAUGAAUGAA